AUGAUAGACCAUGUGUUGGGCCGGCCGUCGUCACAGUUCCGCAAGGUUCAGGUCUUCGCAGUUGUCUCGUUCUGGUCGUUGUACCUGCUGAGAGGAGACAGACACGGCCCUCCUGGUGUCCGAAGGCUCUCCGAGCGCCUUUCCCGCCGGCUGACUCCCUGGCGAUCCGUUGUCCUCACCCUCCUCUGGCUCUACAUCUGUCGGAAUUUCGCCAAACUGGUCGGCCUCGAGUCCCCCGAGCCCCUUGCCAAUCUGUACAGCAGAGCCUACUUUCGAGCGACAUGGGUCACGACCGCAUUGGACGCCGGGUUCUGGACCGCCAUGAGAAUACGAAACAAGGCGGUCAGGGAUUUGGCGUCGAUGAUUUUCACCCUUUAUUAUCUCAUUGCGGCGGAGAAGGCAGAUGAAAAGGUCCGAAAGGUGAGGGCGGUGCUGACCGUCGACCAUUUACGCGUGUCCUGGAACAAACCAAACACGCCGUACCUCAAGUGGCUCGCUGCGAUGCUCCGUCCGCGAUUCACCAAGUACAAACCUCGGCGGAUCCGGAUCCCCCGGCCGAAGCAAUCCACUUACAAGGAGCCUGUCGUGGCAUGGAUGUACUUUGACGGGUCGCUUGCCGAGCUGGAAAGGCAGGAGAAGUUGGUGUUGGACAUUCCCGGGGGUGGCUUUGUGGCCAUGGAUCCACGCACCAACGACGACAAGUUGCUUGCCUGGGCGGGAAGGACGGGCCUCCCGGUGCUCAGCUUGGAUUACCGCAAGGCCCCGGAAUACCCUUACCCGUAUGCUCUCAACGAGUGCUUCGACGUGUACACUCAGAUUGUGGCGACCCGGGGACGAUGCAUCGGCAUGAAACCGCCGUCGUGUCCUCGGAUCGUCCUCACCGGCGACAGUGCCGGCGGCAAUCUGGCCACCGGGACCACCUUGAUGAUCAUCCAGUCCAACCAGGCGGGGGCUUCUCGAGGAAUUCUGCCAUCGCCAGCGGGGUUGGUGCUGUUGUACCCGGCGUUGGACAUGAACAUAUCGAGUUGGAUGACGGACGAUCAAAUGGCGUUGAUCCGCAAUCCGAGGACGGCGAAGAAAUACCGCAGCUUCAUCCGAAGGAAGAGCGAGGACAUCGACAAGCGCUACACGCCAACCACCCCCCGGCCGGCCGAGGACGGCGAGGGUGAUCCGGAUCGCGGCUUCUUUGCAUUUCGCGAGCGCGAGAGCGAGAGCGAGCAGAAGAGCAACUCUCGGGAGGAUGGACGCCAACCCCCGGGAGAUGUCGAGGCCCAGAAACAGGUGGUGGCCAGCUCCAAGCCGCAGCCGUUGAAGACGAGAUUGGCCGUAUCUUCCAUCAUCUCCUACUUUGGCGACCGCAUCUUGACCCCGGAGAUGAUGCGAGCCAUGAUCAUCCUGUACGUAGGCCCGUACAACCGGCCCGACUUCACCACGGACCACCUGCUCUGCCCGGCGGUGGCGCCGGAAAACCUGCUUGCCAAAUUUCCCAAGACGUACCUCAUCACGGGCGAACGCGACCCUCUGGUGGACGACACGGUCAUUUUCGCGGGUCGGCUGCGACAAGCGAAGCUGCACCUGUUCCGCGAGCGGCAGGAGGUCGGGCUGGAGAAGUCGACGGCCGAAUUCGCCGAAAAGGACCACGUCGAGGUGACGCUGAUCCCGGGCAUUUCACACGGCUUCGUCUCGUUUGUGUCGGUGUUUCCCGAGGGCUGGAAGCACAUCUUCCGCUGUGCCAAUUGGAUCCUGGAGAUCUUCGACCAGCCGCCUCACCAGUUCGAAGGGCCGGCCCUGGAGUCGAGGAUGCGCAACGGGACUCUGACGCACGACUCCGGUCAUGGCCACGGCCACGGCCUCCACCUGGACCUGGCUUCGACUCAGCUGCGGCAUCACCGGCGCACGCUGACGGGGGAGAGUGUCGACGACGAUGGCCCGCUGCUGAUGUCGUCUUUGAGGGACGAGAGCACCAAGACCCAGACUCAGACCCCGUCGAGCGCCGACGCGACGGUCAAGGACAAGGAUGAAAGGCAGGCACGCGGGCGGGCACGCCACGAAAGGUUUCAGGCCCAGGCCGACAAACCCAGGAGCAAGAGUCUGGUGUCGUUGGGCAGCGAGGAAGAUCUGCUGAAGCGGCGCAUGAAGGGUCUGACGGUGGGCCUAAUGGGAUCCAGUCACGGCUGA